AUGGCGUGGGCUCGGACUACCGUGCUGUGCUGCGCCGUGAUCGCCACACUGAUGACGUCACGCGCAUCAGCUGGCGGCCGGAACAAGAACUUUUUCCACGGGUACGGCGGCCCUCCUCAGCACUUUGUCAAGCACGCCUACACGCGGCACUACUACGGCCUGGGCCACGCCGUGUCCAACUACCCGCCCUUCUGGCUGUACGACAACGGCAAGAAGGGCGGCGGUAAGCGGCGCGGUCGCGGCGGUAAGAAGCGGGACCGCGGCGGUGUAAUCGUCGUGAAGCACGGCGGCUACGGCGGCCACGGCGGCUACGGCGGCGGCCACGGCGGCGGAUACGACGACUACGACUAUUACGACGACCUGUACUAGGCGACGUCACCAGUACAGGCGCGUCAAAUGACUUCAUCAGCACCAGUGCGACUGGGUGACGUCCUCAGCGCGUGGUGCCCUGUGUUUGGACUGAGAAGUGCCCGGCUUGGUCAGCUGUCCACGCCUUUGUCCAUGGGCAGCCGUCUGGCCCACUGAUGGGAGACUGAAAAAAGCAACUGAAGCUGUCAGUUGUGCUCAGCGACACUGAUUUUAAUUAGGCGCUUCUAGUCGGCAUACAGACAUAGCUCCGCAGACGUAUACAGGAUUUGUAAGGAAUGUUGUUUUAGGUCAUAUUUUUGCUUCGUAAAAAGUACCUUUUGUAGCGAGAAGUGCUGCAAAGUGUAACUCUGCGUGUGACCACUGAAGCCUUGAUGUAUGACUGCAAUGUGUAUGCAAAUAUUUAGUGAAUGCUUUAUACUGCCGGCUGCCGCUGAACACACCCUAUUUUGAGUGCAAGGCAGUGCUGGGCGAGGUGGUGCAACAUCAGGCGAUGAACAUUGCACAGUGAGGGGUUAUAGGUAAAUAUUUAUACGAACCUUAGCUAUAAAUGACAACGUAUGUAUUAUGUAUUUGUACAAACACAGUUAAUAAAUUCAUUUAAGAAAUAAACCACAAUGGACGGGAGAG